AAUUUGUUGUUGUGUUGCGAAACCGGAGUGCGUGUCUUUUGAUGAUCGCAAUUGAUCGCGUGUGCAUGAAUUUUUUCAGCAAAUUAUAAGUCAUCGUAUGUAAUUAGUUAUAUUAUUCCUAGCUGAUUUACCAAAAUGACAGAAGUUGCUCAAAACCUUUCUGCAAUGAGUCUUCAAUCUCCAGAGGACUUUUUUUGUUUUUAAGCACUGAAGGGGACACUUUAAAGCCCAAUGGGUCAUGAUGAUAAAAUCUUAGUCAAAUUGACCAGCUGUUUCUGCUCACUCCAACACUCGGUGGAAAUGAAUUAUGAAUCAGUUUAUGAUGAAAUUUCUUCUCAUCUCUCGAAGUAGUCUCAGAGUGAACCGAAAAAUCUUACAGAUUUCUUCUUGUCCUAACUUUUCUGUGUUAGACAUGUCCAUCGAAUCUGUCAGAGACAUUGCCACCUCCCAGCAAAAAGCUGAAGGCAAAAAGACCUCUGGGAAGGACAAGAAAGGACCUGCAAAGUCGACAGUGAGUGAGCUAAAUCCAUGGCCAUCUUACAUUCAGGAAAGGAUAUCACUAUGGGACAAGUUAAAAGCCAAGUAUUUAGAAGAUCUAGCUGCAAAACCAAAAACCCCCAUCAAAGUUACAUUACCUGAUGGGAAGCAGAUAGAAGCAGAGGCAUGGAAAACUACGCCGUACGAUAUUGCUUUAGGAAUUAGCAAAGGACUGGCCGACAACACUGUCAUUGCCAAAGUAGAUGGAAUUUUAUGGGACUUGGAUCGACCUCUUGAAAGUAGUUGCAAUCUACAGUUACUUAAAUUUGAUAAUGAAGAUGCGCAACAGGUGUUCUGGCAUUCCACCGCACAUAUUCUAGGGGAAGCUUUGGAACGUGUCUAUGGAGGCUGUCUCUGUUACGGACCACCUAUAGAGAAUGGAUUUUACUAUGACAUGCAUCUUGAAAAUAAUCAGGUCUGUAACGGAGAUUUUCCUGUCAUCGAAAAUGUAAUGAAAAGUGCUGUGAAAGAAAAACAGCCAUUCGAAAGACUGGAACUGACCAAAGCUGAACUACUGGAAAUGUUCAAGUAUAACAAAUUCAAAGUGCGUAUCUUGAACGAGAAAGUAAAUACACCAACUACAACUGUGUACCGGUGUGGUCCAUUGAUCGAUCUUUGCCGAGGGCCUCAUGUUCGAGAUACAGGAAAGGUCAAAGCUCUGAAGGUUGUAAAGACUGGAGCAUCUCAUUGGGAAGGAGAUGUAACUGCUGAGAACUUGCAGAGAGUGUAUGGAAUAUCUUUCCCAGAUUCUAAGCAGUUGAAAGAGUGGGAAAGAAUUCAAGAAGAAGCUGCUAAGCGGGAUCAUAGAAAACUUGGAAGGGAGCAAGAGCUUUUCUUCUUCCAUGAACUGAGUCCUGGCUCAUGCUUCUUUCAACCUAGGGGCGCUUUCAUUUACAACACUUUGAUCGACUUCAUCAGAUCUGAAUAUCGCAAACGUGGCUUCCAAGAGGUUGUUACACCAAACAUCUAUAACACAAAAUUGUGGGAAACAUCUGGUCAUUGGACUCACUAUGCUGAAAACAUGUUCUCCUUUGAAGUAGAAAAAGAAAAAUUUGCUCUGAAACCUAUGAACUGUCCAGGCCAUUGUUUAAUCUUCGAUAACCGGAACCGAUCCUGGAGAGAGCUUCCUCUGAGGAUGGCUGACUUUGGUGUUUUGCAUCGUAAUGAAUUAUCAGGUGCACUCACAGGCUUGACCAGAGUGCGCAGGUUCCAGCAAGAUGAUGCGCAUAUAUUCUGCAUGCCAACACAAAUCAAAUCUGAGAUGACUGGGGCCUUAGAUUUUUUGAAAAGCGUCUAUGGUGUUUUCGGUUUUAGUUUUCAGCUCAAACUCUCGACCCGCCCAGAGAAGUAUCUGGGUGAAAUUGAGAUGUGGAAUGAAGCAGAAAAGCAAUUAUCAGACAGUUUAGAUGCUUUUGGGGAGCCGUGGAUCAUUAACCCAGGCGAUGGAGCUUUCUACGGCCCAAAGAUUGAUAUCACUAUCAAGGACGCUUUGAGGAGGUCUCAUCAAUGUGCGACAAUCCAGCUAGAUUUUCAAUUGCCCAUUCGAUUUAAUCUCAGUUAUAUUAAUGAGGCCGGUGAGAAAGUGAAACCUGUGAUGAUCCAUAGGGCAAUCUAUGGUUCAGUAGAAAGAAUGAUUGCAAUUCUAACGGAAAAUUUUGCCGGAAAGUGGCCAUUCUGGCUAUCACCUAGACAAGCCAUCGUCAUUCCUGUAGCUCCGCCCUUCAGUGCUUAUGCUCACAAGGUUAAAGAGGAGGUCUUCAGUGCGGGUUUCAACUGCGAUGAUGAUAUCGAGCUUGGUGAUACACUAAACAAGAGGAUUCGAAAUGCUCAAGUGGAACAAUAUAACUAUAUUUUUGUCGUUGGAGCGAAAGAGGAGGCCAACGGAACAGUCAACAUCCGUACCCGUGAUAAUAUUGUCCAUGGAGAAUUCACUGUUAGCCAUGUCAUUGAGAAGUUCCGUUACCUGAGAGACAAUCGAAUUAGAGAAAGUGAGAAAGAAACGUUUUAACUUGUUUCACAUCAUGAUCAUCGUAUGCUCUGAAGAUUUUCUUCCGAUCAGAGGAGUUGAGUUUCAGUAUUGCCAACUAUUUAUUUCUCAGUUUUAAGCUUUGAAUUAAGAAAUCGAAUGUGCUAUUUUCAAUAAUUUGUCGGUAGCUUUGGUCUCUUUUUCCCUCCUUGCUGUCCAAUGACAGCAAGCAUUUUGAAAUAGAGAGCUAGGAGUUCAUUAUUUAUUUAAUUUAUUAUAUAUAUUAUUUGCCUUUUGAAAUCUAUCACUAAAAUUUCUCAGUUUCGUGGAAACAUGAAACUUUGGUAGCAACAGACUUUCCUUGCUUACUGAAUUUAAAAAAAAAAGGAAAAAAAGUAGGGAAGACUACAUAUGGAGGCAUUGUGUAAUAUGCCCCUUACACACAAUCCUUAUGAUUUAACUUUGUCUGAAAAUUCUCCAUUGAGGAUUUAUCCAUUCUUGUAAAUUAAUAUUGACCUGAUUUCCAGAAAUGGGCCUGUUGCAAACUUUGCUAGAGCAAAAAUAAGAGUUGUUUCUAUCAGUAAAUGUUUCACAAAUCACGAUGAGCGCAUUGGUGAAGUUUGAAAUGCACUCCUAACUUCACAAUCUGUGUAAGAAAUUUGCGGUUUUUUGAGCUUCCCGGUUCAAAAACGAUACUACAGCAUAGAUGAACAUUUCAUUGGAGGUGUCAUUCUAUCUAACCCCUGUGCACCAGGAUACUACACAAUAUUCAACAUGGCCGACACCAAUCCGCCAAAACACAUGUGUCUGCAUGAGAUUCUAACCAUUUGCUAACAACCCAGCGUGUUUACAUUCACGAUUUCUUUGCGAUGAUAAAGAUCCGCUUUGGUUGACUUUGUGUUCCCGACAGCGAUUUGCGCGCAGAAGCGUUGGCUAUGUUUGGUAUUGCUAUUCCGGAAGGGUUGAAUGAAACAACUCCUCUAAUGAAAUGUAUGUUCACCUGUGCUGUAGUAUCAUUUUUGAAGUGAGAAGCUCAAAGAAAUGCAAUUUUCUUAUGCAGAUUGUGAUGUUAGGAGUGCAUUUCAAACUUUGCCAAUGCGCUCGUCAAUUUUGAGACAUUUACUGAUAGAAACAACUCUUAUUUCUGCUCUAGCAAAAGUUCGCAACAGGCCCAUUAUAGGAUAAUCUUAUCGAAAAAUUUCAGCACCUACAAGAAUUUAUGAUGGCCUUUAAUGCAGGACAUAAAUGUAAGAAUUAGAAGUAAGAGGCAAUUUUUUAUAAAACUAAAUAUUCCUGGUAGCAAAGAAUUUAAAGUAGAAAUAAUGAUCUUUUUACUUUACACAGUUUAUUUCUGUAUAAACUGAUGUAUUUAGCAACCUAUAAAUACUGCGAAAAAAUGUUUUUGCAUUCCUGAAGUUCAAUGACUGCAUUUAAAAUUUGAAAACUUGUGUGUUACUUCACUUAGAGAAAAAUUUUAAUGUGUUGAAGUUUUGAAAACCUCACUUGUGUCCGAUGGGAGUCUGAAAAUAUUGUUUGGAAUCCAAGUUUGUUUCUGCAGCAGUAGCUAGAGCUGAAAUGGAACUUCAAUGCAUUUAGUGUCCCGCUUUCUUAUUAAAGUGUAAUAUGAUGAGGAUUUUAAUUUUAGUUUCAAGGAAGUAUUUGUUUUUUUCUUUUCAUACUUGUAACUCUAAUUUUAGUCACUACAUUAAUCAUUGAUCAAAGUUUCUCUCAAAUUUUCUCAAAAUUCACACCGAGCAUACAUUUUGUUUGUAAGCUGUAGCAAGGCUGCCUCUAAUGACAGGUCCAUUUGUCCUCUUUCAAAUUUAGAGAAGACCCGAUGCCAGUGACUUUAAAUUUGUGGAAACCAUGCACAUCAAAUUCAAUAAAGUUUUCAAAACUUGC